AUGUUAUUUUUUUUUGAUUUAGCCUUUUUGAAAAACAUUAGAAGAAAUUUUAUAUCAUUAAAUAGUAUUUUGUAUUCAAAAAGAACAUGGCAAACCAACAUGAAAAGGAAAACUUACAGAUCAAAAAAAAGAAAAAAGUAUAUUAGAAUAGGGGAAACUUUAAUUAGAAUUCAAUAA